AUGGUCACGGUGUUCCGCAGCCCGGCUCGCCGCCAGAACGAAGCAGCCACCACGAACCAGGAUGGCUUGGACUUGUUUGCCGCCUGUCAGGCUGAGGACUCUCAACCCGCCAUGUCCCUGCUGACCAACUGGUCUGAUGAGCAGAUUGCAGCCGCCGUAAAGUACAGGAAUUCGGGAACAGACUCGCUGCUGCAUCGGGCAUGCAGCGCCGGCCACGUCGGCAUCGUGCGCUUGCUCCUUGCCCGCGACGAUGUUGAUGUGAACGCCGAGGAUAUCUAUCGCAACACACCCUUGCAUAUCGCCUGCACCCACGGUAACCUUGACAUUGUGCGCCUGCUCCUUGAGAACACGGGCUUGAACACAGAGCCCAAAAACCAGGGCGGCCGGACCCCCCUCGAUGUGGCCACCUCAAACCUCUUCCUCUCAUGGCCGCGACUCAUGCACGAGCGAUCCCUGCAUACCAAACCACGCUUGAGUGUCCUGGUAAGAAAGACCAUGGAAAUCAUCGUAAUGACAACUAGAUCAGGUGCUGGCAACACCAAGAAUUUGCAACUUUGGUCAAUUAUGCAUUUCUAUACACGGAUGAAGUCUGGAUGGGGUCGUGCCGAAGAUGCAACCCAAAAGCUUGAGCCCUCCAAAACGCCCUAUCAGGCCUAUCAGGCUCGCAGCUACAAGCGCAGGCACUGGCAUCGCGACAAAUAA